UGCUGCGGUAGGCAUCUUGUAUGAUCUAGUGUAGAUGGUGCACAGUGUUGUAGCCUAUGAGCGACAGGGAGGAAACCGGAGAGGACGACCGCAGGUUAUUGCGAUCAGCUAGAGGCCCAAUAACUCACGUGUCCCUAGGACCGCAGGGUGAUAGGGAACUGUUCCGCCGGCAGAGGGAGAGGCAGCAGCAGAGGAGAGCUAGAGCAGCCGAGGCCAGCAGGGCAUUAGCUAGCGAGGCCGGUGCUACAGCAGCCAUGGCUACCACAGCCAUGAGCACGUCUGCGCAACAGACUUCCCAAGCCGGUAGUUCAGGUACCGCUGGGUCCACGGUCGCGCAGACCGUGAGUCAGUCCACUGGCUUAAUGGCAAGCCAGCCCGCGGUGUUGACCCUAGAGGAUGUCGCCAUCCAGCAGGCAGCCCUGCAAGAGGCACAGCUACAACAGGCAUUAGGACAGAUAAAAAGAGAGAAGGAAAUGAUGAUUAGAAGAAGAACCAGGCUGCAGCGAAGAGGGGCAGACAUAGAAGAGUUAGAAACGAUGGACCUGACGAACAUGGAUGAUGACGUGAGGGUAGUUAGGAGGGCCCUGCUAGGGGUAAUGGAGAUGCAGGAGCAUCAGACUACCAUCCUUCAAGACAUCCAGCAGAGCCUAGCCAUUUUGGUAGGGCGUUCUCAGGCAGCACCAUCACCGGGAGGGCCGGGUGCCUGGCCUGUGCCAUAUCCUCCCUUUUCUGUCCCACCAGUCACUGGGGUAUCCCCAUUUGUAGCCCCGUCGACGGUUGCUGUCGUUUCCCUGGGCAUGCCGCUCUCAGGAGGGUUAUCAGCAGGUCCUAGUCUUCAGGAUCCAGUACAGUCAGUGGUCACCAAGGCUCCGUCACAGGUUGCCAUUAGUGGGCAAUCUAUUGUCUCGCAAACUGUGCAGCCACAGGGCACACAGCCCCAACAGCUAGCACAACAACCUGUAUCACCGGGUCCACAGCCCGGGUUGGUGCAGGGACCGGGACAAAGUCAGUGGGUUCCAAAGAUGGCCAUCACCGCUCCCAAACCCUUUACAGGGGACAAGAGAGGCGAAGACCUCGACACUUGGUUGAGGGCAGUGCCGGUCUAUGUCAGGUGUAAACUCACCUUGCCACACGAAGAAGUGCUUGUGGCUGCAUCCUACCUAGAGGGUAGUGCAGCAAGAUGGUUGAGUGGGAACCAGUUGGCAAAAGAGGCCAACAUCAAUAUGCACAACUUUCCUUCGUUUAGCAAGGUAGCCCUAGACCUUGAAGCAAAAAUAGGGCAUGGACAUAACUCAGUGACGGACAGGAAAAAGAAGACCCUGCCUCCUAACUGGAAAGCCAAAGGCCGCAUUAUGUUUGUCGACCACGAUGGAGCAACCAUUGAGUUGGACGACGACUCCCAGUUAGGAGUAGGUGCAGAGGCAGGUGGCGAUACUUCAGAGGGUGGAGUAGUCGUCGCCGUAACCCAAAAAGGUGCGCUGAUUACUGAGUACGAUCUUACGGAUGAUGUCACUCGAUCCUUGGUGGAAGCCUAUCGAGAGGACCAGUUUAUGUCUAAGAUCAUACGCAGACUCGAGGCGAAGGAUAAACAAACUUCAGCCAAGUUUGAGUUGGUCAAUGGCUUGCUGUUUCUCGAGAAGGAAGGGAAUAAGCGUUUGUGUGUUCCUAAUAAAGAGUGUAUGCGUAGUUUGUUUUUAGGCGAGUGUCAUGACGCCACCGACCAUUUUGGGUACAAGAAAACCGCAACCAAUUUGCUGCAAAGGUUCUGGUGGCCCACAAUGUUAAAAGAUGCUAAGCUGUACGUGGAAACUUGUCAAGUUUGCCAACGAGACAAGCCCCGUACCCAGGCUCCUCUUGGGCUGCUCAAGCCCCUUCCGAUUCCGGAAAGGCCGGGUGAAAGCUUAUCCAUGGACUUCAUGGAUACACUGGUCACCAGCAAGAGCGGGAUGAGACAGAUCUUCGUCAUCGUGGAUAGGUUUAGUAAGUAUGCUAGGUUAAUAGCCAUGUCGGAAACAGCGAAGACCGAGUAUGUAAUCAGGCUGUUCAAAGAAAACUGGGUGAGGGAUUUUGGAUUGCCUAAGUCUAUUGUAAGUGACAGGGAUGUUAGAUUUACAAGUGAGUUAUGGAAGGCCGCUGCAGCUGAACAGGGAACUCAACUGCAAAUGACUUCUUGAAACCACCCGGAAGCAAACGGCCAAGCUGAACAGAUGAACCGCGCUGUUCAACACCUGUUGAGGCAUUACAUUAAGCCCAAUCA